AUGGAGAAGGCGGCUGCAGUCAGUGAGGGCGGCAGCAACAGCAGCAGCCGCAGCAGCAGCCGCCCCACAUCGGCGGGCUCGUCCCCCUCGUCCUCCUCCGCCAGCCGCGGGCUGCCGGGCCGUGCGGCGGCGAGGCUGGAUGGAGGUGGCGGCGGCGGCGGCGGCGGCGGCGGCGGCGGCAGCAGCAGCCCCGGCUCGGCAGCGGCCAGCCCGGGGUGCACGCAGGCGCCCGGCGGCGGCAGGCGGCGGGAGCCGGUGCUGGAAGGGACGCUCAGCAAAUACACCAACCUCCUGCAGGGCUGGCAGAGCAGGUACUUUGUGCUGGACUUUGAGACGGGGAUUCUGCAGUAUUUUGUGAAUGAACAAAGUAAAAACCAGAAGCCACGAGGAACCUUGUCUUUAGCCGGAGCUAUAAUACUGCAUGGUGAUGAAGUGCCACACAUGUUGGUGGUCUACUCUGCUAAUGGAGAGAUGUAUAAGUUGAGAGCUGCUGAUGCAAAGGAGAAACAAUACUGGAUAACGCAGCUUCGGUCCUGUGCCAAACAUCACAAGGAAGGUAAUUCUAAGAACAUUUCAUCCUCACGAAGCAGAAGCUCAUCUCUGCUGCCAUCUGGGACAGUUAAUGCUGCAUCUCCUAGUGGCCAGCGACAUAUGAAUCAAAGCGGGCCAACUGUUGUAACCAUCACACAUCACAAAUCACCUGCAGCUGCUCGAAGAGCAAAGAGCCAACGUUCUGGUCAACUCCAUGAAGUCAGAGAGAUCAUGAGCCAAGUUGAAGGACGACAGAAGAAUCUUGUACAAGCCAUUGAAGCUCUCCCAAGUUCUGGGCCCCUUUCUGCCUUGGAUCAGGACUUGCUGCUUUUGAAAGCUACCUCUGCUGCCACCCUGAGCUGCCUUGGAGAAUGCCUGACUCUGUUACAGCAAAGCAUGCAUCAAGUGGGCCAGAAUCAUAACAGGCCACUGUCAUCAGAAGGUAUCCUGGGAUGGUCUGGGCCCAAGUCACACUCCACAGAGCAACUGAAAAAUGGUGCUCUCAGCUCCUUAUCAACUGCUAGUGCCAACAUUACAUGGGCAAUAGUUCCAUCUGCAGCCCAGGAUGGACCGGCACUACAGCCAAAUACAGAGCAUUCAGCUUCUGAGUUGAUCGUAGUUGAAGAUGAAAUGACAGAUACUGAAGACAAUGAAGAGGAGGAUUUAGGAGUCAUGGAUGAUCAACGUAGUGUAAUUCUUCAUCUCAUCUCCCAACUCAAACUUGGCAUGGACCUUACCAGGGUAGUGCUUCCAACAUUUAUUUUGGAGAAAAGAUCCCUGCUGGAGAUGUAUGCAAAUUUCAUGGCCCAUCCAGACCUGUUUUUGUCAAUUGCAGCUGGAGCCACUCCUGAGGAAAGAAUUAUCAGCUUUGUGGAGUAUUAUCUAACAGCUUUUCACGAAGGCCGAAAGGGAGCGGUUGCCAAGAAGCCCUAUAACCCUAUAAUUGGUGAAACGUUUCAUUGCUCCUGGGAUGUGCCUAAAGAUAAAGUGAAAGCAUUAAGAACUAACGGUGCCUCCAUGGUUUCUAAGGAACCAACCAAGGAGUUUGGCCAGGACCAGUCCACAUGCUACAAGCUGAGGUUUGUAGCUGAACAAGUGUCCCACCAUCCACCAAUAUCUUGCUUUUACUGUGAGUGCAAAGAGAAGAAAAUGUGUGUGAACGCUCACGUAUGGACCAAAAGCAAGUUUAUGGGCAUGUCAAUAGGUGUUUCUAUGGUAGGCGAAGGUGUUCUUCACUUACUGGAACAUGGAGAAGAGUAUGUUUUCACCCUGCCUAGUGCCUAUGCUCGCUCAAUACUUACGAUCCCAUGGGUGGAGCUUGGAGGGAAAGUGAACAUCACUUGUGCCAGAACAGGUUAUUCUGCUACGGUCACGUUCCACACCAAGCCGUUCUAUGGAGGGAAGGUCCACAGGGUUACAGCUGAAGUGAAACACAGUCCCACUAACACCAUUGUAUGCAAGGCACAGGGAGAAUGGAAUGGGACACUGGAAUUUACUUACAGCAAUGGAGAAACCAAAGUGAUUGACACCAACAAACUGCCCAUUAUCAGGAAAAAGAUCAGGCCGAUAGCAAAGCAAGGUCCACUGGAAUCCAGGCACCUCUGGCAGCAUGUCACUAACUCUCUGAAAGAAGGCAAUAUUGAUGCAGCCACAGAGCACAAGCACCACCUUGAAGAGAGACAGCGAGCAGAGGAGAGGCAACGUGUGGCUCUUGCAGCACAGUGGAAGCCAAAAUACUUUGCCAAAGAGGGCGAUGGUUGGCUAUACUUGAAUCCUCUCUGGAAGACCCAAUGAUGGGAUAGAGCAGUUGCCUCAUAACUUUACCUUUAAGGCAUUAAAAUGAUACAGUGUAUAACCUGAGGAUGUCACUGAGUAGGUCGUGUUAUUGGAAGAUACCAACGAGAAGCUGUGUACUGUGAAUGGUGCAUCUCAAAAUAAUGACAUUUGUAAUUUAUUCAGGAGCCAUGUUGUGUGUAUGGGUAGAAGAACACACACGCACACGUCCAUAUGUACACACAUUAUACACACAGUGUGUAUAUGCUUGUGUGUGUAUUAUUUACACUACAUGUAAACAAAUUUAAACACAGUGAAUUGGAGACCUUUUCCUGUAAGUGUUAGGGCACAGGCCUUCAGCUGGACCCACGUGGGGCUCCUCGAGUUCUGUGCUUGCAGGAUCAGGCCUAUGCUAGUAUAUAAGAAAAUACUUUUUUAUUAGUUAAGGUUUUUCUAUUUUUCACUUAUGCUAAAAAUGUUUUGCACUUAAAAUGUGACGUGUCACUUAAUGGCCAUCAUUCUGUCUGAACAGGCAUUGAGUAGUCACUUUGACAUUAAGAAUGAUACACUGAUGGCAUCUUUCCUCUUUGGGAUGCUGAUUCAAGAGCGUGUUGCUGGUCACUUAAGAGUGUCAAUUUUCAGCCAUCAUAUAAGAAGUAGCAAUACCUUCUCAAGAGCAUUGUUCACACUAACUCACUGAGUCCCCGUUUUUUCCUUUGUUCAUACUUACAGCUGUUGAACAGAUCUGGUCACCAGUGAGUCAGCUGCUUGGGUGAUUCUCAUCUUGUGCAAUGUUCUGGGUACUAUUGCGCCAGUGCUUUGGGUUACAUGUUCCACUAAAUCCCUUCUAGCAGCUGUAGCUGUGGUGUGCAGCUCAGCCUUACUGCAGUUUUCUACCCCCAUGUAAGAGGUGCUGCACCUGAGCAUUCCCUGCCUUGCCUUUGAAGUUAAACCACUGCUCAAAGACAAGCCUGUGUGCUGAGGUGGGUGAUGCUGGGCUGGAGUCCUGUCCUGCUGUGCUGCUGGGAUCAGUGAGAGCCUUCCCCCCGGUUGAGCAGUGCACUGCGCGGGGCAGUCAGACCGAGCUGGUGGGUUCGGAGCCCCUCAUUCUGUGCUAAGGCUCCAGGCAGACCAUGUGUGUGCUGACUGCUUCUGCAUUUGACCUGGUUGAUUCCAAAUUACAUACUUGGGUGAAUGGUAGAACUAGCCUUCUUAGAUGAUUUUCUGAUGCAAAAGUAACAGGUUAGUUAAUUGUUACAGCAACAAAAACUUUAUUAAUGAAGCAAACAAAAUGGGAUAUAGUUUUGUAAAUUAAAAAAGGAAACAGUCCUGUGGCUUGAUCUGGCUUUGUAAGGUGACCACUGUGACACUGAGGAAGUGGAUUUUGAAAGUGUGCUAAGGCUUCGUUGCUUUUUAGUUGGUGUUUUGUUGACAGUGAAGAUGUUUUUGAGGAGCAGCAACAAAAGGCAAAUGUAAAUGUGCUGACUUCUGCUGUGCCCUGUCAAGAAACCACUCUGUUUUCUAAUGCGCAGUAGUGUGGGCCUUUCCAUAGUACUGAUUAAUUUUGUGCCUUUUGUUUGCUCUCUUAACACAGUAACAUGCUUUAUAUAUGUGACACAAAUAUCUUUUAAGUCAAAACGCUGCUUAGAUCUGUUCUUAUGUGUCCUGCAUUUCCUCAUUAUCUGUCUGGUAGACGUGACAAUCCCUUCAGCAACUCAAGAGGCUGCUCAGAGGUGUGUACGCAAGGAAACACACCAGUAAUUGUUCAGUUGGACGUAACAGUUGUUAAUCGAUCUUUAUGUUCAAACUUCACAUCCCCGUUUAAUGCAGCUGUGGCUGCUUUUUCCUCCUAAAUGCUAUUUUGUCUGCUUGUAUGCCCUUAUUUUUGCACAUUAAAAAAAUCCAUGUUAUGAA